GGAAGCAACGCUUACAGUGUUUCUGUGUUUAGGGAAAUGAGCCGUUCGGAAAGUAAGAAGGAGAUAAAACAGAGGCUAUAGAGCUGUUUCCGAGUAGCAUGUAAAUUUCCAUGCCAUUUGCACGUGAUUUCAGUAACCAGAGCUUUUCUGUCAGUUUUGCACUGCCGUUGCUAGUUACUUAAAAUACGAACACACCUUUGGCCAAACUGGAAACUAGCUAGCCAACCUUCAGCUGUAACUGUUCGCACUGUAUUUAAGGGACCUCGCCCUGAGACUAUAGUUUGAACUCUCGCUUUAACGUGACAUUGCCGCAUUAUGUCAGACUUUCUUAUAUUAUCUUUGAUUCUUUUUCUAGUGUUAUGUUUGAUUGUCACAAUCGUCUUGUUUGUUCUGUACUCGGGUCUGCUUAGCGCCAUCGACAUUCGGACUGGAUCUCCGCCUAUUAAAAAGAUAACAAUAGCAUACAAAUUCAAAGAGGGACCCUAUAAAGACUGUGGGGCAAGUUUCACCGAAGCCUGCAGCAUUGGCCCAAAGCUGUCCAACAUUGCAGUAUUUUACGAUGAUCCAAAACAGGUCCCCGAAGACAAGUGCCGAUAUGCAGUGGGCAGCAUCUUGAGCGAGGGUGACGACAAGCCGGAUGAGGACCUCCUGAAGGAGUAUGGGAGAUUUGGCUUCAGUGUGAUGUCCUUCCCCGAGGUGGACCACGCCGUCACCACCACCUUCCCCAACAAGAGCCCCAUAUCUCCGCUCAUAGCAGCCUACAGAGUCUACCCCGAGCUGUCGCACUACAUUUAUGAGCGGAAGCUGAGUGCCUUUCCUUUCAUGGAGAUCUGCAAGGAUGACAUCAUCCACUACGUGUGCCCCCUGGCCCGUCAGAACAGCUUCUUUGUGCCCGAGAUGUGUCUGAUGGAGAAGGAAGAGGAGUCGGACGAGGAUGGCACAGGUGGCGACUCCAACAGCGAGAGCAGCUACGCCAGCCGCGCCGUCCCCACCGAGAGCAGGGAGAGCUCGCUGGCCCCGUCCACCAUCCUGCACCGAGGAGGAGGAGGAGCAGCAGCAGGAGGAGGAGCUGAGCGAGCGCGCCGAGCACAGCGAGGCAGAGCGCGCCUCCAACGGCUCCCUGGGCAGCGGCUCGUCCUUUGAGGAACUGGACCUGGAGGAGGAGGAGGGUGAGGUCGGGGAAGAGCAGAAGAAGGAGGAAGAGGAGAAGAAGGAG